AUGGCAUCAUUAACGAGCCUCGAUCUUGAGAAGCGAAAGCGCCUGCCGACUCUUUUUGAAGUUCUCAGUCGCUACACACUCGCUCCUGUCGAUCUCUUCUCAUUCUACAUCUACAUGCGAGACCAACAGCGAUCGGUUGAUUAUUUGGAUUUCUGGCUCGAUGUCUCACAGCAUAUGUCUCUUUGCCGGCAUUACGUUCGAGAACUACGUCGUUCAGUGCUUGUAGCCACACCCGAAGGCGGCAGCAGACCGUCCUCAACCAUGCUCGAUAACAUUCCCGACAUUCCCACUGAAGCAGGUCCGUCGGGUUAUUAUGGUGUUUCCUCUGAAAAAGACGCAGACUCCAGACUGUCGGCAUUUUUACGCUCUGAGAACCCAUCACAACCUUCGCCGCCAGUAAGUGGACAUUCAGAGAAGCACUCGUCAGAGGAACGGCCGCCGCGUCCCAGCUUCAUGAACUCCACACCCGAAACCCGCUACGACUCUUCAAACUCUCCCGGCCAUACAGUGGCGCGAACAGAUAUUCGACGAAGCGCAGAAAAGAUCUUGUACACAUAUCUCAUCCCCGACUCAGAGCGUGAAAUCGUCCUGCCCUCCGACAUGCUGACCUCAAUUAUUGAAAUGGUGGAACGCGAUGGCCGGGAUGACCCAGAAGUGUUCGAUCAGGCCAAGGAUUAUGUCUUUCAAGCCAUGGAACGAGACGCUUUCCCAGGAUUUUUGCAGGCAAAAGCUCUUGGAAACCUUGUUCCGCUCAGUAUUCUUGCGCGUUUAGCGUUUGGAUUGAUUAGCUUUUGGGGUGCCUUUUGGGCAUCGUUUUAUGUUGUUUUGACUGAUAAACCGAGGGCAACACGCUGCUGGGUCAUACUCCCAUUCGUGGUGGCAUCGUACUUCAUCACGACAUACCAAUACAAAAUCGACCCGUUCAUGGCUCUACUCGGUUUCAGCGAGUAUACAUUUAUGAAUUGGCAGAGGAUACAAGAACCAUAUGUCCGUUCUCUGCUAAAUCAGCGCGCCUUGGUGACGUUGGCAUAUGCCCUUCUCAUCGCUGCCGCGUUGAGUAUACUCUUUAUUCUUGUGCCGGGUACUAUGCUAUGA